AUGAUGGCCGUCGACAUCGUUGCAAGAAACGCCGUGGAGCCGCAGAGCCCCAUGCAGGCCUGCACCCUCGACUCGAAUCGGUUCGAGGAUCUCGUCGUCGCGUUGAAGAAGGCACUGGGUCCAUCGUCCGGCCUGACGUCUGAUGAUGUCGACGUAGCACACCUAAUGCGCCUGAUGGAGCAAUACCAGAGUGCCGAACUGGGCUGGGUAAGGUUCGCCAUGGGAGAUGCCAGUCGUGGCUAUACCCGGAACCUCGUUGACGAAGGCAAUGGCAAGAGCAACCUGCUCGUGCUUGUCUGGACGCCAGGCAAGGGCAGCCCCAUCCACGACCACGGCAAUGCACACUGCCUGAUGAAGAUUCUUCGUGGCAACCUGACCGAAACCCGCUUCGCCUUCCCCCAGGGUGAUCAAGAAGAGCCCAUGACAGUGCUGUCUGAGAGAGUCCAUAAGGAGAAUGCCGUGGCGUACAUGGCCGACGAGCUGGGAGUGCACCGAGUCACCAACCAAGGGAGCGACUUCGCUGUUUCCCUUCAUUUAUAUACGCCACCCAACGUUGCCAAGGGCGGCUGCAACAUCUUCAAUGAGAAGACGGGCAAGAGCUCCCACGUCGCCAAGUGUGGCUACUACUCUGCCUACGGGCAGCUCUUGAAGGAGUGA